CUCCUCCGCUCUCUCUCAGAAUCUCUUCCUCGUUAGUCGUCCCGGCCUCGCACAGACGGGCAGAUCUAGCGGCUUCUAGAAGCUCCACCGCCGGCCGCUGCACGCUUCUUUUCAUCUCCGAUUCGAUUCGAUCUGGGAAGGGAUUCCGUCGGGUCGAGCAGGGCGGGGGCGCAAGGCUGGUCGGCAGGAGAAGACAAGAGGAGCGGGAAAUGAUACUGCUCCAGUCCCCGUCCCGGUUCCUUCUCCAGAUCCUCCAGGACCGCGUCCUCAGCGGCGAGAAGGGCGUGGACAUCGACUGCCACACGGUGGAAUUCGACGAUGUGCGGUAUCAUAUUCAGUUUUCGAUGAGGAAUCCAAAGGUAAUGGUCCUAUCAGUGGCAUUACCUCUCCCACCUCCUGAGGCGAUUAUGUAUGAUGGGCUUCCACUUGGUGCCAUUGAGGCUAUAAAGGCAGCAUAUGGGCCAGUCGUGCAAAUUCUUGAUCCUCCAAAGGAUGGCUUUGAUCUCACAAUGAAGAUAAACUUGACAAAGCUUCCGCCAGAUGAAGAGCAAAGGAAUGCUGUUUUGACACAAAUUGCAUCUGUUAGAGAGGUUGUGCUGGGUGCACCACUGAAGCUUCUGCUGAAGCAUCUAGCCUCAAAGACAGUAGCUCCUAAUGUUGACAAGCUUGUUGCUCUUGUUCACCGUCCUAAUGAAUCCUUUUUCCUUGCUCCCCAGGCAGAUAAAGUCAUUGUUGUGUACCCAAUGAGAUUUCAGGACUCCAUUGAUAUUGUUUUAGCAACUUCCUUCCUGCAGGAAUUUGUGGAGGCAAGACGAACUGCUGCACUUAAUAAUGCUCCUUCCUGUAUGUGGUCUCCAGCACCUCCUCUUGAGUUAAAAGGAGUACCUGUUGAUGCCCUGAAUACAAAUGCUGGCUUUGUUACUUUCGUUGUUUUCCCUCGGCAUGUUGAGGGUAAAAGGCUAGACAAAACAGUUUGGAGUUUGUUAACAUUUCAUGCUUAUGUAAGCUAUCAUGUAAAGUGUUCAGAGGGAUUCAUGCAUACCAGGAUGAGGCGUAGGGUUGAGUCGCUGAUCCAGGCUUUGGACCGAGCAAAAUCUGACGCGGAGAAGCUGAAGAAGUUGGUACAUGGUGGAUCUUUGAAAAGACUGAGCCUGAAGAACGAAGGGAACUCGCAUUUCUGAAGGUUAUACUUCAAAUAUUUUGACAGAUGUUGGACUGUCCAUGAUGGAUCUGUCUGUACUGCUUGGUAGAUGACAUCCGUUCAGUUAUGGGGAGCACAGGCUAGAAAUGAGUGAAACAAAAACAGAAUCCUACUAUUCUUCUCGUGUAUUUUGGGAGGAAAUUUUAUUCAGGGUGGAACAUUGAUGAGACAUAGGUGCAAAGAGACCUGUAAAUCGUUCAUCAGAACUCUUUGAUCUAUUUAUCAAAAAUUCCAUCUUGUAAUUUUGAUGCUCACGUGGUGAAUUCACUUUAGACUUUAUUAGCUAUGUGAAAUGGGAUUUGCU